AUGGCCUUGAUCGCCCACAAGGACGUUCCAACAAAUGUUGCCAUCAUGUUUUUGGACUAUUCCAUGGAUAACAAAACGUUCCGAAUAAGAGAUUUCCAACUGAUCAAAAAGCACGAUUUUGGAAUUAAAAUUGUAGAUGAGAUUCACUUUGAUUUGUACUUUAAAAGCCAAGCUACAGUGUACAAUCUUCAGAGUGAAUCUGCAAGUACUCAAUGGGUGGUCGUUUCUUCUCUCAUAAAAGUCUGUAAACUCGUAAAUGAUCAACCUGGCCAUCCUUCAUUCACAACAACAAGUUCUACAACAUCUGCAACGACAUACGUUUCGGAUUCAAUUUCAUCUCAACCCCUACUAGAUUUACCUCCACCAAAAACAGAGACAAAAGCGAAUAAUCGUAUUUCCCUGCUAAAGUCCACAGCAGAAUUGUCAUUAUCGGAAUUUCUUGUGGAUAUGGAUGCUCUUCAUGACGGAACAGCAUCAGACAAUGAAGAAAGACAAUGGCAUCACUACUACACGCAACGUAUGCAACGAGACAAAGAACAAAAGAAGAAUAAGUCAGAAGACAACCAGGACAUUUCAAUUGACAUGUUCAAAAAGCUAAUAGGCAACCCACUUGGCUCCUCAUAUGGGUGCUGUCGAGAGAAGAAAUCAAAAUUUCCACGAUAUUUGCAAAAAGCAGAUUUUGGAAAUCCAUUCCUAUACAGACCUGACCAACAUGAAUUUUUCUUUUGGUUUGGAGAUUUGAAUUAUAGAAUCAAUCAACCAAACCUUAUCGUGAGAGAAAAGAUUAAGAAACAAGACUACAAAUUCCUUAUGAAAUAUGAUCAACUAAUGAUCGAAAAGAAUGCACAAAACGCCUUUGUUGGCUUCUGUGAAGGAGAAAUUACCUUUGAUCCAACCUACAAGUUUGAUAGUGGCACAGACACCUAUGAUACCAGUGAAAAGGGCAGAGUGCCAUCAUAUACAGAUCGUAUUUUAUGGAGAGAGGAUGAAAGGGGAAGAAUUGUUCAAAAAUCGUACAAAUCAUUCAAGGAAUAUAAAAUGUCAGAUCACAAGCCAGUGACCUCGUGGUUUGAGGUCGGAGUGAAGAUUGUAGAAGAAAAGUACAAGAAGUGUUACUUGGAUAUCAUCAAAAUGCUGGAUAAGCUUGAGAAUGACAUGUUGCCGGAAGUUGCAAUUACUGGCCAAUCCAUCAAUUAUGAGAAUGUGAAAUACGAUGAGCCCAUUACACAAACUGUCUGUUUGCAUAACACUGGCCAAGUGGUUUGCGAAUAUCAAUUUGUACCAAAACCUCAAGAGUCACAGCCAUGUAAACCCUAUGUGACCAUUCAACCACUUGAAGGAUAUGUAAUUCCUGGAGAGACUGAGGAAAUUAAGGUUACCAUUCAAGUUAAUUCUCAAAGAGCGCCAAAGUUAUUGAGCGGUGAUGACACCAUUGACGAUAUUUUAAUUCUCCACUUGAAAAAUGGUAGAGAUCAUUUCAUUUCUAUCACUGGUAAUUAUGUCAAGUCAUGUUUUGGAUCAACACUUGACCAACUUGUCAAACAAAAGUAUCCAAUUCAAAGAAAAGAUGACGGACUGGAAUUAUCAAGCUUUGAGAAAGAUCUCAAAGUUCCUAAAGAGCUAUGGAGACUCAUCGAUUUACUUUAUCAAAAGGAUUGA